AUGACCGAUGACAUAUGUCGUCCAGCUGAGAGCCGAGCGAACGAAUCCCACAGGGUUGAGGAGGUCACUGUGUCCUGCUGCCACCACCACCACUGCUGCCUCAAUGACCACAGCUGCUUCGACUACAACCACAGCUUCCGUGAUGACAACCACAGCUGCACCAACUUCAACCACACCUGCUCUAACAAGAACCACAGCUGCUGCCACAACAACCACAGCUGUUCAAACUACAACCACCGGAGCAGCCAACACAACCACAGCAGCUACUACAGAAGCUACUACAGCAGCUGCCACAACAACCACAGCUGCUUCCACUACAUCCACAUCUGCUACCAUGACAAACAUUGCUGCUGCCACGACAACCACAGCUGCCACCACCACCGCUGCUGCCUCAAUGACCACAGCUGCUUCGACAACAUCCAAAGCUGCUGCCACAUCAACCACAGAUGCUGCCACAACAACCACAGAUGCUCCAACCAAAACCACUGCAGACGCAACCACAACCACAGCUGCUGCCACGACAACCACAGCUGUUCAAUCUACAACCACCGGAGCAGCCACCACAACCACAGCAGCUACGACAGCAGCUACAACAGCAGCUGCCACAACAACCACAGCUGCUUCCACUACAUCCACAGCUGCUACCAUGACAAACAUUGCUGCUGCCACGACAACCACAGCUGCCACCACCACCACUGCUGCCUCAAUGACCACAGCUGCUUCGACAACAUCCAAAGCUGCUGCCACAUCAACCACAGAUGCUGCCACAACAACCACAGAUGCUCCAACCAAAACCACUGCAGACGCAACCACAUCCACAGCUGCUACCAUGACAAACAUUGCUGCUGCCACGACAACCACAGGUAA